AUGUGCUUGUGGCAGCGUUGGAGUGACUGCGGGCCCCUGCAGCAGCUGACGUGUCUUUCUCUGAAGAGAGGACCGGAGCGGUGUGGCACGGUGAGGAGAAGGCAAGCUGGCACUAUGGGCACCUCCAUCUUCCUGUGCCUCUUCGUUCUCCUGCUCACUGGGGGCUCCCCAGCUGGGUGUGCUGGAGGUGGCAGCUCUUCAUCCCGUGGCGCAGCGGCCACUGCAGAGAAGCCUGUCCUCUUGAGCAGCAUUGCUGACGCCGAAGCCUUCAUUGACGGUGCAGAGGUGGUGGUCAUUGGAUUCUUCCAGGAACCGGAGAGCCCCGAAGCGUCCCAGUUUCGCCUGGCGGCCGGCCGCAUCCCGGAGGUGCCCUUCGGCCUCAGCAGCAGCCCCGAGGUCCUGGCCCACUACGGCGUGGGGGGCAGCACCGUCACCAUCUUCCGCAGGGUAGACAAUGACCGGAGGGAUCUGGAUUUGGACAGCAAAGAUAUUGAUGCUGAGAAGCUGAUUCGUUUCGUUCGGAUGAAUGAGCUCCGCCUGGUGACAGAGUACAACCCUGUGACAGCAGUAGGUGUGAUGCAGAGUUCGCUCCAGCUUCACCUGCUCCUGAUCACAGACAAGAUGUCCCCAAAACACCCUGAGCGAAUGCGCAAGUUUCGGGCGGCUGCAGAACUCUUCAAGGGGAAGAUUCUAUUUAUCCUGUUAGACAGCAAUUUGAAGAGCAAUGAACAAACAGUGUCAUUUUUCAAACUGAAGAAGUCCCAACUGCCAGCUCUGGCUUUAUUCCACUCACCAGACGAGGAGCAGGAUGUGUUGACUCUAGAUGAAGUCUCUGUUGAGCGUGUACAGGACUUCUGUAAUCGCUUCUUACAAAGAAUGCAGAAGAAAGAAGACAAACCCAAGGAGAAGAAUGAGGAGCUCUGAAUCUUUCUCAGCCAACAGGAUGACUGUGCCCAGAGUCAUCUGUUUCUGAUGUAUGAAGAGUUCACUGAGCUCUGCAGCUCAGGAAUUCCUGGAAUAGUAGGAUUAAGGGGCCAAGUCAGAUUUCCAUCUCCGUGCUAUGUACAUAUAUGCUGUCUGUCCUGUCUAGGAAUCUCUUCUCCCUUCUCAUUUGUUGGCUCCAGCUCUCUUUUCUCAGUACUCCAGGAGCUCUGGUAUUGCACUACACUGUGUUGUUCCAUGUCACCUUUGAUGGAGCAAAGUGUGAUGUAGCAAAAUGGCAAUAUCAGAGAUACAGCUUGUAGUUCUCAGAGAUCUGUUUCCCUCAUUCUUUUUGCUUUUGGUGCCAUGCUGUGAUCCACUGACACUCUCCUGACAUUAGGAACAGAUUGGUUGCUUGUCUUCACAUGAACUUUCCCAUUUAUUUUACUAAAUAAAGCAGAAAGUACAUAGCCUGAA